CACAAAAUUAACACGUUUUUCUUUGUUCCGUUUUCCGAAUUCAUAUAUAUAUAUAUAAAUAUAUAUUAAAAAAAAGUCAAAAUUGCGAAAAAAAAAGAACAGAACGUUUUUCCUUGACCGAUAUAUUUAGUAGGCCCAUUCCUGUACGUGUGUGUGCGCGCGCGUGUGUAUUUUUUUUGAGCAACUGUGCGUGCGUGUGUGUGUGUGUCUGUGCGCGUGCCAUAGUUAUCGAUAACAAUCGAAAACCGUAGCUUCGAUAGCAGCAGCAGCAGCAGCAGUAGUUGCCACCGCAAAGAUGAGUGAGAAGGACAAGAAUAUCGUUUGCCACAAGUGCAACGAGACGAUCACAAAGCGCGUUAUAACGGCUUUGGGCAAGACCUGGCAUCCGGAGCAUUUCCUGUGCCGACAUUGCGACAAACAGAUCGAGGAUGCCACCUUUAAUAUACAGGACGGUGAGCCCGUGUGCAGCGAUUGCUUUGUCGAACGCUAUACGAGCACCUGUGCCGCCUGCAAGAAGCCCAUCCUGGAGCGCACCAUAUGCGCUAUGGGCGAAAAUUGGCAUGAGAGCUGUUUUGUGUGCGAUGGCGCCUGCAAGAAGCCCUUGUCGAAUCGCCCCUUCUAUGAGCGGGACGGCAAGGCCUAUUGCAAGCAGGAUUACGAGGAUAUGUUUGCCGUACGCUGUGCCAAAUGCGAGAAGCCCAUCACAGAUAGUGCCAUCGUUGCCAUGAACGCUAAAUGGCAUCGUGAUUGCUUCCGUUGCAAUCGCUGCGAAAAUCCGAUCACAUCACAGACCUUCACCAUCGAGGGGGACAAGCCCGUUUGUCCUGCCUGCACCUGCUAGAUGGGGAGGCAUCAAAAAAAAAAUGCCACUAACCGGACAAACUUGUACUGCACCUGGACCAUAUCGGAACUGAAUAACAUACGUACAUUUACAUAUAUAAACCAUACAACAUAAAAAAAAACCAAACAAACAAACAACCAUCAUUGAGGUUAGGUUUUGAUUGUUCAUGCAUUUAUAGUUUUAAGAGCUAGUGCUUCCGGACAAUUGGAAUUAUAAAUGUACCUGUAAUCUCAAUCUGAGGCUCAAUAAACUAUGUAACAAUUACGUACACAAUAUACACCUACAAUUCCCCCCACCCAGUUACAAUACACUAAAUAACUCAAUAGAAAAUGAAA